AUGAUGGUGCAUUGUGCCGGCUGCGAGCGGCCCAUCCUGGACCGGUUUCUGCUCAACGUCCUGGACCGCGCGUGGCACAUUAAGUGUGUUCAGUGUUGCGAGUGCAAAUGUAACCUCACCGAGAAGUGUUUCUCGCGGGAAGGGAAACUCUACUGCAAGAACGACUUCUUCAGGCGGUUUGGCACCAAAUGUGCUGGGUGUGCGCAGGGAAUCUCCCCCAGCGACCUGGUUCGGAAGGCCCGAAGCAAAGUAUUUCACCUCAACUGUUUCACCUGCAUGGUCUGCAACAAGCAACUGUCCACGGGCGAGGAACUCUAUAUUAUAGAUGAGAACAAAUUUGUUUGCAAAGAGGACUAUUUGAACUCGCCCAGUGUCAAGGAAGGCAGCCUAAACUCAGUGUCAUCCUGUACCGACCGAAGUUUGUCCCCGGACCUCCAGGACCCGCUCCAGGACGACCCCAAAGAGACUGACAACUCGACGUCGUCGGACAAGGAAACCACGAACAACGAGAAUGAAGAGCAGAAUUCUGGCACCAAGCGACGGGGGCCGCGCACCACCAUCAAGGCCAAGCAGCUGGAGACACUCAAGGCCGCCUUCGCUGCCACACCCAAGCCCACCCGCCACAUCCGGGAACAGCUGGCUCAAGAGACCGGUCUCAAUAUGCGGGUCAUCCAGGUCUGGUUCCAGAAUCGCCGGUCCAAGGAGCGUAGAAUGAAGCAGCUGAGUGCUCUGGGGGCGCGGAGACACGCUUUCUUCAGGAGUCCGAGGCGCAUGCGUCCAUUGGGCGGCCGGCUGGAUGAGUCGGAGAUGCUGGGGUCCACCCCCUACACUUACUACGGAGGUAAGCAGCGCUCUGUGAAGUUUUCUCUGCUUCCCGUCCCAGCGCCCAGGUCCCUGGAGUAUUCCCCGUAA